AUGGAGGGAGCUUUUGAGGGCCCCAUCAUCACCAAUCCACCGCCCGUCUACGGCGCGGCACCUGUGGGCUGGCUGGACAUUGUCACCUUCGCCAAGACGAACCCCGAAAAGUUUGUCUUGACGACGGGCCAUGAUGGCGAGCGCACCUGCCAGUUUUACCUCAAUGGAGUGCAGGUCCAGAUACUCGAGGACGAUUGGCGCCUCAUCAUGAAUGGCGCGUUGGACAGAUUCUCCAGCGUGUCGACGGCCCCGCUGGAGGAAGACGAGACGGCAGAAGUGGCGACUCUCGAAAUCGUAGAGCAGCGACUGCAGGUUCUCAUCAAGAAGGCCGAUGAAAUCGCCAAGAGGGCGCGUCAACUGAACUACCACUUGAGCGGUCGAAGGGCUGGCAUCAACUCACGACACGGCGGCCAACAGGGGAGCAGCUCCGCAUUCCAAUCCGUCAACCAUUCCAGGGGCCAUGCCCCGCAUGGCUCCGGCUACGACUUACACGCCGACCUGCUUCAGCAGUUUCUAUCAUCCUCUCAGGCGUACCCUCCUCGGGUUCCGUCCAGCGCUGGUCUCGAGACCGCACACUCUACUGGGCAACACACGCCGCCUGCGACGAAUCCUCACCCGCACUCGCUUCCAUUGCAGGGCCGCCCAGCCGUCGUGCACGCCCCCGUUAUACCGCAUCGGGACUCGUCAUACGACCCUUCAUCGGCACACCGAGGGAUCAUCACGGCAAGGAUAGAAAAGUUAAACAAGGGCGAUCAAAUCUGGCCGCCCUGCGAUCGAUGUCGUAGACUCAAGUCGCCAUGCAUCAAGCAUCUGACGGCCUGCCAGGGCUGCACCAAGAAGCACGCCAAGUGUGGAUGGAAAACCAUUACCGAGGAAGAGAUUGCCUGGCUCAACCGCGAGGCGAGCAGCAGUGCCGACGAGGCACACAUCGAGCCGAGCCCCGCGCACCCAGCGCCGGCGAGGCUAUUGCGUUAUGACCCAACACAAGACGAUGGCAGAUCCAACGAACCGCCACCACCCUCCAACAACCUUAUGCCGGGAGGGGACAUAUCCCGGCCAGCCAGCAGAGGUCAGCAAGACCACCGCCAGCGAUCGCCUUUAGACCCAGGCUCUCGCAGCAGGACAAGCAGUUUCAUGGAUGUGGAGCACGAGCCUCCGCCCCCGAACCAGAAGCCAUGGAUGCCAGAGCCGCAGCGGGGAGAGCAGCUACCCAGUAUCAAGAGAGAUUUGUUGCUCAGUCACAUGGCGUCGGCAGCGACAGCAGCUGCUGAUGCGCGGGAUGCCAACCCGGCUCCUGCGAGCAACGUGUCUGGACGAUAG